AACUGUUUAGAGCUUCGAGAGCUGUUGAAGCUGAUAGAUUCCAACAAUUUUCAAGUUCGAAGAACAGGAUGCUACUCUGGCAUGGAUCACGUCUUACUAACUGGGUUGGUAUUUUAUCUCAAGGUCUUCGGAUAGCUCCUCGUGAAGCGCCUGUAACUGGUUACAGGUUCGGAAAAGGGGUUUACUUUGCCGAUAUGUUCUCCAAGAGUGCAAACUACUGCUAUGCUAACACUGGUUCCAAUGACGGCGUUCUGCUCCUCUGCGAGGUUGCUUUGGGAGACGUGAAUGAGCUUAUAUAUCCGGAUUAUGAGGCGGAUAAUUUGCCCACUGGGAAGCUAAGCACAAAAGGUGUGGGGAAAACAGCAACUAACAGUUCAGAGGCUAAGACAUUAGAAGAGGGUGUUGUUGUCCCACUUGGCAAACCAGAGGAUCAUUCAAGCACCAUGGGGAUGUUAUUGUACAACGAAUAUAUUGUCUACAACACGGAACAAAUCAAGAUGCGUUAUGUGAUCCAAGUCAAAUUCAACUACAAGUAAUGAUCAUUAGUUUUUUGGUUAU